CCAGCCCAAAAAAGCUACGCAAUUCAAUUCACUGUUGUUCUCUUCUAGAACUACAACCAGCCCUCGCUCUCUUUUCACAUUCGUUCGUUCUCCACACGCCCCUUUCAAAAACCGUUACACGCUCGCUCUCAUAUGCUGCAUGCUUGAAUCGAUUUACCAUGGCUUCCUCAGCCUCUUCUCUCCUCAGGUCAUCUCGCUCCAAGCUCUUCCCUCCUUCCUCCCUUUCUAGAAUCUUCCCCUCUCGCUCUUCCCCCCACCGAUCCCCCGCCUUCUCCACCGCCGCGCGCUCCGCCGUCCACCGGUGGAGCCACGGUGCCCUAUGGAGGUCUCCUUCCACCCUCCGCCCUCAGAUCAGAGCCUUCGUUCCCCUCAUCGAACGCUUCCACCGCAGCAUCGCCACUUCCGCUGGUGAAAAUCCUUUCAAAGGAAACUUGACGAGUCUCCCCAAGCCGGGUGGCGGCGAGUUUGGAAAAUUCUACAGCCUUCCUUCUCUCAACGACCCACGAAUUGAUAGGUUGCCAUAUUCUAUCAGAAUUCUCCUUGAAUCUGCGAUUCGUAAUUGUGACAAUUUCCAAGUUACCAAAGAAGAUGUUGAGAAGAUUAUUGACUGGGAAAGCUCUUUUGUGAAGCAAGUUGAGAUUCCUUUCAAGCCCGCUCGUGUACUCCUGCAGGAUUUCACUGGAGUGCCAGCUGUUGUUGACCUGGCUUGCAUGCGAGAUGCGAUGAAUAAGCUUGGCAGUGAUUCUAAUAAGAUUAAUCCUCUGGUUCCUGUUGAUCUCGUCAUUGAUCAUUCAGUUCAAGUUGAUGUGGCGAGGUCAGAGAAUGCAGUGCAGGCUAAUAUGGAGCUUGAGUUCCAGAGAAACAAGGAGAGAUUUGCUUUCCUAAAAUGGGGUUCGACCGCGUUCCAAAACAUGCUUGUUGUUCCUCCUGGUUCUGGUAUAGUACAUCAGGUCAAUCUUGAAUACCUCGGACGUGUUGUAUUCAACACUGAGGGCGUACUCUAUCCUGACAGUGUGGUUGGCACUGAUUCACAUACAACUAUGAUAGAUGGACUUGGAGUUGCUGGAUGGGGUGUUGGGGGUAUUGAAGCAGAGGCAGCAAUGCUUGGCCAGCCUAUGAGCAUGGUGUUACCCGGUGUUGUUGGAUUCAAGUUGUCUGGAAAAUUGCGCAAUGGUGUUACAGCAACCGACUUGGUUCUAACUGUUACACAAAUACUUAGGAAACAUGGUGUUGUAGGGAAAUUUGUGGAGUUUUAUGGUGAUGGUAUGCGCCGAUUAUCAUUAGCUGACAGGGCCACUAUUGCCAAUAUGGCUCCUGAAUAUGGAGCAACCAUGGGCUUCUUCCCUGUAGAUAAUGUGACGCUACAAUACCUCAAGUUAACGGGAAGAAGUGAAGAGACUGUGGAAAUGAUAGAAGCCUAUCUCAGGGCAAACAAAAUGUUUGUGGACUAUAAUGAGCCUCAACAAGAAAGAGUUUAUUCAUCCUAUCUUGAAUUGGACCUUGAUGAAGUUGAACCAUGUAUCUCAGGGCCAAAGAGGCCUCAUGAUCGGGUGCCUUUGAAAGAAAUGAAGACUGAUUGGCAUGCUUGUCUUGAUAGCAAAGUGGGGUUUAAGGGAUUUGCAAUACCGAAAGAAGCACAAGGAAAAGUUGCAAAGUUUGAUUUUCAUGGGCAGCCAGCAGAGCUCAAACAUGGAAGCGUUGUGAUUGCUGCAAUCACAAGCUGUACAAAUACAUCAAACCCAAGCGUUAUGCUUGGGGCUGGUCUUGUUGCAAAGAAGGCUCAUGAGUUAGGCCUGAAGGUUAAGCCUUGGGUGAAAACAAGUCUUGCUCCAGGCUCUGGAGUUGUUACUAAAUAUCUGCUUCAGAGUGGCCUGCAAAAGUAUCUAAGUGAACAGGGUUUCCAAAUUGUUGGAUUUGGUUGUACCACGUGCAUUGGCAAUUCAGGGGAUUUGGACAAAUCAGUUGCUUCUGCUAUCUCAGAAAAUGACAUUAUAGCAUCUGCUGUGUUAUCUGGGAACCGGAAUUUUGAGGGCCGUGUGCAUGCUUUGACACGAGCUAACUAUCUUGCCUCGCCUCCGCUGGUUGUUGCUUAUGCGCUUGCUGGAACGGUUGACAUUGAUUUUGAAAAGGAGCCAAUAGGUACAGGGAAAGAUGGCAAAAAUAUCUACUUAAGAGAUGUUUGGCCAUCCACGGAAGAAAUUGCACAGGCUGUCCAAUCGAGUGUGUUGCCUGACAUGUUCCAAAGUACAUAUGAAGCUAUUACCAAGGGUAACGCUAUGUGGAAUCAACUACAAGUUCCUGCUGAGAAGCUGUACUCAUGGGAUCCCAACUCAACAUAUAUUCAUGAACCUCCGUACUUCAAGAACAUGACCAUGGAUCCUCCUGGCGCUCAUGGUGUGAAAGAUGCCUAUUGCCUGCUAAAUUUUGGUGACAGUAUAACAACUGAUCACAUUUCUCCUGCUGGAAGCAUUCAUAAAGACAGCCCUGCUGCAAAAUAUCUUCUGCAGCGUGGGGUUGAACAGAAGGACUUCAACUCUUAUGGAAGUCGUCGUGGCAAUGAUGAAAUUAUGGCAAGGGGAACCUUUGCUAACAUUCGUCUUGUAAACAAGCUCUUGAACGGGGAAGUUGGCCCCAAGACUGUUCAUAUUCCCACAGGGGAAAAGCUUUCCGUGUUUGAAGCAGCAGAGAAAUACAAGACUUCAGGACAUGACACCAUUGUACUGGCUGGAGCUGAAUAUGGUAGUGGAAGUUCCAGAGAUUGGGCUGCCAAGGGUCCCAUGCUAUUGGGAGUUAAAGCUGUGAUAGCUAAAAGUUUUGAGAGAAUUCAUCGCAGUAAUUUGGUAGGAAUGGGUAUCAUUCCUCUUUGCUUCAAAUCUGGUGAGGAUGCUGACACAUUGGGAUUGACUGGCCAUGAACGGUUUUCCAUUGACCUUCCAAAUAAUAUCAGUGAGAUAAGGCCUGGCCAAGAUGUCACUGUCAGAACCGAUAGUGGAAAAUCUUUCACCUGCACAGUUCGCUUUGACACUGAGGUGGAGCUGGAGUAUUUUAACCAUGGAGGCAUUCUUCCAUAUGUCAUCAGGAAUCUCACUAGGCAGUGAAGUCAUUGUUGAUGGGAAAUAUGAAAUACUUCUGCCACUGCAUGUGCACCUUUACCUUUCAAGUGGUAAUAAAAUGUGAGAAAUUAAAAUAAAUUUCCUAUAAGUAGGAAAGAAUCCCUUAAAGGGAGGCGAUUUUUUUUUACGCUUCCAGGUGUUUACAUUAGGCCUGCAAGCAAGCAUUGAUUUUAGAUUUCUUAUUUGUGAGAUCCGUGAGCCAUUGAGCAGUGAAGACAAUUGUAUUUUGUAUAAGCUGGUGUGAUCCCUGCUUAUGGCAGCUACAUGAACUUGUAGCCUUUUCUGUUCUUGUGAAGUUCACUUCAUUUUUGUUACCACUAUAGUGAAUUAAUUUAUACUGUUUUUUAUAGGUUAGAGUUUAGAUAUUCGCUCAGAUUGAAUUUGCUUGUAACAAUGCUGUGUUGAAAAAAAAAAUGCAUGGAAUGAUGUCAAAAUCGGACGGAACCAUUGAUUAUUUGUAACACAUCAGUGUUUAUUAUUAAUUUUCAAAAAUGUUGUUGACCAUUAAA